UAAAAUUGUCAACAGAAAAGGAAAAUUAGAAACGACCCUUUUUCUGGGUUUGGAGGGUUGAAACUUGAAAGAGAGAGAGAGAGAGCUGGGUGGGACUCAAAACGAAAACGAAAACAAAAACAAAAACCCUAAUUCGCAAAGGCUUUGCAGAAGAAGAAGAUUGCGUAAUUUUGAUUUCGGGACUCCAAUAAGCCAGGUCACUUUAGUUUUCGUUUCAGCUAGGAUAAUGACGAGUUCUUUCUUGUAGUCGACGAAGUAACAAACUAUACAGUUAUUAAGUUAAUUGAUCUGGCAUGGACGUUGAAUUGGUGGAUGGUGGAGGCGAAAAUAGGGGACGUUCUGUGGGAGAAAGCACUGAACUGAAUGGAGGUGGAAAAAAACACGUGAAUGAAAGUUCGACGGGAAGAGAUCGUAGUAAUCAAGAGGAUGAUGGCAAUUCUAAACCUCAUGUGGGCAUGGAGUUUGACACAGAAGAUGCUGCCAAGAUUUUCUAUGAUUCAUAUGCCAGACGUGUAGGUUUCAGCACUCAUGUUGGUCAAUUCAGUCGUAGUAAGCCUGAUGGACCAAUUGUAACUUGGGAGUUUGCUUGUUCUAGAGAGGUAUUUAAAAGGAAAAAUGUAGAAAGCUGCAAUGCUAUGCUAAGAUUAGGGAGAAAUGAUGCAAAUGGUUGGGUUGUGACCAAGUUUGUUGAGGACCACAACCAUUCAAUGACUAGUUCUGGUAAGGUUCAUCACCUUCGACCUCGCAGACAUUUUGCUGGUGCUACAAAGAACGCGGCUGAUACAUUGGAUACUUCAAGUGAUGUUUACGUUUCCGUGGAUGGCAAUCAUGUAUCUCACGAACCUAACCGUGGAGUUAGGAGUGUCUCCCCUGUAGAAUUCAAUCGCCAAGCAAGGAAUAUUGGGCCAGUAAACUAUAUAAGGCCUUCUAGCCGAAAGAGAACUCUUGGAAGAGACGCACAGAAUCUUCUAAACUAUUUCAAAAAGAUGCAGGCUGAAAACCCAGGCUUCUUUUAUGCAAUACAGCUAGAUGAUGAUAACCGCAUGACUAAUGUCUUUUGGGCUGAUGCACGAUCAAGGGCAGCGUAUAACUGCUUCGGUGAUGCUGUAAUAUUUGACACAAUGUAUAGACCAAAUCAAUACCAGGUCCCAUUUGCUCCUUUCACAGGUGUAAAUAAUCAUGGUCAGAUGGUAUUGUUUGGUUGUGCGCUGCUUUUGGAUGAGUCAGAGUCUUCGUUUACUUGGUUGUUUAGGACCUGGUUGUCUGCAAUGAAUGACCGCCCCCCUGUUUCUGUAACAACGGACCAAGAUAGGGCCAUACAGGUCGCAGUUGCUCAUGUAUUUCCAGAAACUCGUCAUUGUAUAUGCAAGUGGCAUAUCUUGAGAGAAGGGCAGGAAAGAUUGGCUCACAUAUAUCUGGCUCAUCCUUCAUUCUACGGGGAGCUGUACAGCUGCGUGAACUUUUCAGAGACCAUUGAGGAUUUUGAAUCAUCAUGGGCAUCUCUCCUUGAUAGAUAUGACCUCUGCAGAAAUGAGUGGCUGCAGGCUGUAUACAGUGCUCGAAAGCAGUGGGCCCCAGUUUAUUUCCGUGGUACAUUCUUUGCUGCACUUUCCUCAAGCCAAGGUGUUAGUUCUUUCUUCGAUGGUUAUGUGAAUCAGCAGACCACCAUACCACUAUUUUUUAAACAGUAUGAGAGAGUUCUUGAGCAUUCGUUAGAAAAAGAAAUAGAAGCUGAUUAUGACACAAUUUGUACGACACCAGUGCUGAAGACGCCAUCACCAAUGGAGCAACAGGCAGCCAACCUUUACACGAAGAAAGUUUUUGCCAAGUUUCAAGAGGAACUAGUCGAAACUUUUGUGUAUACUGCAAAUAAUAUUGAAGGUGAUGGGGUAGUGAGUAAGUACCGAGUUGCAAAAUAUGAACAUGAUGACAAAGCGUACAUAGUCACUUUAAAUGUCUCAGAAGUGAGAGCAAAUUGCAGCUGUCAGAUGUUUGAGUAUUCUGGUAUUCUAUGUAGACAUAUAUUAACUGUGUUCACUGUAACAAACGUUCUUACCCUUCCUUCACAUUAUAUAUUGAAGCGUUGGACAAGGAAUGCCAAAGCUGCAGUUGGACAGGAUGAAUCAAGUACAGAUCCACAAGCUAUUGAGACUCUUACCGUGCGCUUUAACAAUUUAUGUCGGGAAGCAAUUAAAUAUGCAGAGGAAGGGGCAGUUUCUGUUGAGACCUAUAAUACAGCUAUGGGCGCUUUGCGAGAGGGCGGGAAAAAAAUUUCUGUUGUGAAGAAAAAUGUUACUAAAGUCACACCACCUACUUCCCAGGGAAGUGGAAAUAGUCAGGAUGAAGGUAACAAGAGAGGGCAUUUGCCAGCAUUGGAAAUGGUUUCCUCAUUAUGGCCUUGGCAAGAAGCAAUGCCACACCAUUUUAAUCUUAAUGAUGUCGGUAUUCCUGGUUCUAAUCUGAAUCAGCCCAACUCUGUGUCUAUUCAACGCGACAAUGGCCCUUCUGAUAACACGGUGGUUCUUACUUGUUUUAAGUCCAUGACUUGGGUUAUAGAAAACAAGAAUUCAACUCAAGCUAGCAAAGUAGCCGUAAUAAACUUGAAGCUGCAAGAGUAUGGCCAGACCCCUGCAGGAGAGACGGAAGUCCAAUUUAGGCUGACAAGGGUUACGCUGGAGCCUAUGUUGAGAUCCAUGGCCUACAUCAGUCAGCAGCUCUCUACACCUACCAACAAAGUUGCCGUCAUCAAUCUAAAGCUCCAAGAUACAAUGACAACAACUGGAGAAACGGAGGUAAAAUUUCAAGUCUCCCGAGAUACACUAGGAUCAAUGUUGAGAUCAAUGGCUUACAUUCGUGAGCAGCUAUAAAAGCUCGUUUAAUUCUGAAGCCGAAACUAUAAAAAGAGUUUAUUAUGUCUUCUAUAUCCCGUGGCAAGCAAAUAACGGCAAUAACUGAAUUAUGGCUGUUAUCAUCCGAAGGCAA